AUGGACAAGAUAGAAGUAAAGGAAGGGAUCCCUCCGAGCCAGCAGAGGCUUAUCUUCGCCGAUAAACAGCUUCAAUAUGGUCGUACUUUGGCUGAUUACAACAUUCAAAAGGAGUCAACAUUUCACCUUGUCGAGCCUGAAGCAGAUGGUAAGCCCCUUGCGGAUUACAACAUCCAGAAUGAGUCAACUCCUCACGGUAUCGUGCUUUCGAAAGCUGAUAAUCGAAUUUACGUCACGACUGCGACGAGAGAUGAAAUCACUCUUGAUGGGGUCCAAACCAGUGACACGAUUUACAGUGUCAAGUCUAAGAUUCAUCGCCAGGAAGGGAUCCCAGUGGACCGGCAGGUGCUUCGCUUUGCUGGUAAACAGCUUCGAGAUGGUCUAACACUUCAAGAUUACAAGAUUGGCGGCGAAUGCUCAAGAACUCUUGAGCUUGUGCAGCGUCUGAGAGGUGCGAUGCAUCUUUUGGUCAAGACUGUGACGAAAUACAAUGAGAUCGUGAGUUUCCCUCUUGAAGUCGAACGCUGUGAUACAAUAGAAGACGUGAAGGCCAAGAUUCAUCACAAUGAAGGGAUUCCACCGGAGUACCAGAGGCUACUCUUUUGCGGGAAACAGCUUCAAGAUGGUCUGACUUUAGCGGAUUACAACAUUGAUAUAGGUUAUACUCUUCACCUUUCGAUGCAUAUGGGAGUUGCUAUACAGAUUUUUGUCAAGACUUGGCAGAGAAAUCCCAAUCCCAAUCUUGGGAGGUACAAGAUCUUUACUCUUGACGUGGAAAGCUGUGAUACGGUUACGAAUUUGAAGGCCAAGAUUUAUGACAAGGAAGGAAUAUUGCCACAGGACAUGCAAUUGCUAGUUUUUGACGGCCAACGGCUGCAUGAAGAUGGUUCGACUUUAAUGGAUUACAACAUUCAUAAUAAGUCUACUCUUGGCCUUUUUCCCCGUUGCACCACCGUGGAGGAAGCUUCCGACACAAGAAAUCAUUGA